CAUCGUGGAAGGUUAUUCCGCGCGUCGGCGAACGCUACACGGUCAGUUCGUUUCAGACAGCGCGCCGAGUAUCGACGUUCUCGGACAAUAGACACGCACACACAUUCACACAGAAAAAUCCACAUAAUAUACACACCUACACACACGCGUGCACAUUAAUUAACCGAGCAACAUAUCUCCAUACACCUGUCUCUCGAACACUUUUCCCAACACUCCGCGUCUUCUGUACCAUCGGCGCUACACACGUCGACUCUCACUUCCGCGAAAGUUCCGUUUGGGCUUCCAUCUAAACACGCGACGGGGGAAGAACGGUUCGUCCCCAUGAACGCGAGAUCCAGUGGAACGGAGUGAGCCUUGCCGGGACUGAUUGCUGGUACACUAUUACACACACACUGCGCGUAAACACAACACCUUGAGAGACAAACAACUGCGAGCCGCAAACAAACCGAAAACGAGAAUGCGACGACGAAUAACGAAGAAACGAACGCACGUAGAAGAAUAGCCACAGCUGUGCUCGCGUGAACGAGGAACGACGAUCGAACCGAUCGAGCUCCCGAGUAAACGUAACAGUGGCGUCGCUCGCGAACGAACGAAAGUCACUCGAACGGAACGAAUUGUAUUAGACGUGGAAUCUCGGUCCGAUUCUCCGUUUACUCCCGUGGACACCGCGCGUGAUAUCAACAGAGAAAAAGAGAGAGAGAGAGAGAGAAAACGGGGUUAUUUUUCCGCGGACCAUUGUGUAUCUUAGUAUUCCAUCUGCCCGGAUAGGGGAGAGAGCUUAAGGCCGAUCUAACCUAACCGAUCGAAAGCGACGAUCGAUUCGAAAAUGUGGCAUCCGUCGAGCGAGAGAAAUGUUGCAGAGUGUAGCGAGAGCAAACGCGACGAGAAAGGGCAUACCGACUCAGGAUUCCUGUCGGGCGGGAAUCUUCAGAUCAGCUCGGAGAUCUGCGAGCAGGAAUCGUUGGAUGUUGCUGCAACCGCACCCGUGGCACCGGAACCAAUGAGGGCGGACAGCGGCGUGGACCUCGGGCUCAGCGAGAGCCUCAGUCAGCUGACGUUGAAGCAGGUUACUCUGAAUCCCUUGGCCAGUGGUAAAGUUCAAACCGAGCCCACCGUCGAGCUCGCGCCCGUCACCGCUGACAAGAUCGGGCACCAGCGAGAGGUCGAGACGUUACGACACCGUGAACCCCAACGAGAGAUCGAGAAGUCGUUCAACGAGGAACCCUGGCAGCUCUAUUACACGCAGGAUGACGACGGCGAUACGCAGCUGCACAUAGCGAUCGUCCAGGGGUUCCUGGAGGCUGCGUUCAGCCUGAUCCGAAUGGCACCCCACACCUGCCUGUUGAACAUACUGAACGACGACGGCCAGUCCCCGUUGCACCUGGCCGUGCUGACGAGGCAGCCCAGGAUAGUGCGCAGGCUGAUCCUCGCAGGUGCGAACCCCGCGCUGAGGAAUUUCCGCGGCAACACGGCCCUCCACCUGGCCUGCGCGACCGGGGACCUCGCCUCGGCCAAGGCCCUGACCGACCCCUUGACCCCCGUCGAGAGGAACUACCUCCUGCCCGGCAAGAAAGUACCUGCUCUGCCGCAGAAUCUCGAGCAACGGAACUACGACGGUGAGAUGUGCCUACACAUAGCAGCCUCAUCGGGCCAGGUAGAGCUGGUGCGUCUCCUGCUGCGUUUGGGAGCUGACCUCGAAGCCAGGGAGGCGUUGGCCGGGAAGACGGCGCUGCACCUCGCCGUGGAGCGCGGCUGCAGGUCCGUGGUCGCAUUCCUGCUCCAAGAGUGCAGGCCCUGCCUGGACACGCAGACGUACGCCGGCAUCACCGCCUACCAGAUAGCCCUGUGCCUGGACAGCCAACUAGCCAGGGAACUAGUGCGGCUGGGCGCGACGCCGGAGCCGCUUCCCGAGUCGGACUCCGACAGCAGCGACGACGAGGACACCGUCGCGGCCAAUUACCUGCCGGCGAUCGCGAGGCUCAGGCAGAACGUGGUCGGCGUGAAAGUCUAGGGAGCGUAACCGGGCCACUGGCCGGCGUUCUGUCAGUCCUGGCUGCCUUCCUCUCGUUCCUUCUCUUGUUCAGCUGCGCGGACUCUGGGACUCCGUCGAGGAUCUCGGGCGGGAAACGAAACUUUAGGACAAUUCUCGGAGAGGAACGGCUUAACGGAAUUAGAGAUCAUAGUACGGAGGCUCCGACGACCACCAAGUAUUAGCUACCCCCCGUCGAGAGCGCGUCAUCCUUCGUUGCUCUCCGGGAGCAAUCGAAUGCGUUAGGCGAUUGCGACGAUGCGUGUAGGCGGAUGAUUGUAAUGGGAGCGGGAGGCGGGCGGAGGGGUGCAAACGAACGCGCGAAGAAUGAAGACGAACGGAAACGUUGUACAGCAGACUCCCGUGUAACGCAAGUUCCUGCGCGCUCGAGAUGUAUCAUCGCGACGACUACUUUUUCAUGUAACACGAUUCUUGCGCGAUGCCCCGUAAUCGGUGUGUCUCGCUGUCAUAGGCGAAACGGAUCACGACGCGCAGCGGCGUCGCACGGGAGUCUGCUCGCGAAUCGAAGCGACGGGUUAGAAACCAAUCGAGAACGGUCUCGGACACACGUGCACUCGUGCCUCUGUGAGGGACAAGUAUCUUCGAGCAACGAGCGAAAACCGGAACGAAACACGAACGGUCGCGACCCCGCGGCUUCGACGGUUCUCGCGGGGAACUAGGAUCGGGCGAUCGAGGAAGCGAGGAGGCCCCAGGAUCUUGUUGUGUAUAUAUUGUAAGAAGCAAGGGGAGAGGAUUCUGUGUUCCGCGUCGCGUUGAACGGCAGUGACGCUCGCGCGGCGUCUUCUAGAUCGCGCGAUGAAAGUUCGAGAGAGGGAGAGCGUAUGCGAGCGAGCAAGUAUAUCUGAGACGGAGAGAAAGAUGGUGCGCUUGUGUAAAUGAUGGAGGUGAGACGCGAAAGAGAGGGAAGAAAGUAUAGAAAUAUUGUAACCGAACAAUCGCAACUCGAUCGUUCGCGUUUAAGAUUGUACAUACAUACACGUACAUGUAGAUAUAUAUAUACAUAUAUGUAUAUAUGUGUAUAUAUAUUUAUAUAUAUAUAUAAACAUAUAUACAUAUAUACAUAUAUAUGUAUUUAUAUUUAUGUUAGGCGAAUUUAAGAGACCGA